ACCAUGGAGAGCUGCCGGGCGCUGGCGCUGUGCGCCGUGGCGGCCGCGCUGCUGCUGAGCGCCCGCGGGCACGGAGCGACCCCGCCGCGCCGCGCCCGCGACCUGGGACCGCCCGGCGGCGACGGCGCCUCCCGGGAAAAGGAGCUGAUCGAGGCGCUGCAGGAGGUGCUGGAGAAGCUCAAGAGCAAGAGGGGACGGCACUACGAGAAGAAGUUCGGGCAGGUGCCCAUGUGCGACGCCGGGGAGCAGUGCGCUGUGAGGAAAGGGGCUCGCAUCGGGAAGCUCUGCGACUGCCCCCGGGGGACGUCGUGCAAUUCCUUCCUCCUCAAGUGCCUGUAAGCAGAGGCGCCCUGGGACAAGCCGCCGGGAGCGCAGGCACUGACGUCUGGCCGCGACGUGCCGGCGACUUCCCGCAGCUUCUCCGCCCGAGAAACGCAGCGAGAAGCCCCCACGUCGCCCGUGUAACGCUGUCCGUGACAUCCGACAUCCGUGGAGCUGUUUUCCUUCUCUCCCCCGCCCCACCCCGUCCUCUCCUCCCCUCCUCCCCCGCUUGUUUAUGUCCUUUCAGGAAAAUCCCGGGCCAUGCCUUGGGAGUUGAGGUGCCGGUCCCGAGAGCUGCAGUGCCGUCCCAGUGCAGACCCGAACAGUGCUAAGCCGUGUCGGGAAGCAGUACUGACCCCAUGCUGUGCCCCCGGGCUCUCCGACUCCUUCCUUGGGCGGGAAAUAUCCACCCAGUGCCGGCUGGAGGACCCGGGGCUAGGGAAUUCCUCUGGGGUGGUUGGGUAGCCGGGGAGGCGGGAUGCGGGUGUGUCCAAAGCAGCCCUGUCUCCUGCCUCCCGGCUGAGAGGACUCAGCUGGGUACACCCCAGAGCAAGCAGCCUGCAGCCCUCGGUGGGGGUCACCCGCACCGCUGGCCUCAGACCAAAUCCAGCUGUGCUCACCCUGUCCUGUAGAAAGUCCGGCGUGAGACACUGAUGGUGUGCAGGGGUCCGGCACUAGCCUGGCUGGGGUGGGGCUGGGGGGAAAUUGGUUGCUUUACCGGGGCCACCACGGAGAGAAAGCUGUCUGGAUUCGUUGCAAACCACCUGGGGAUAUCCUAGUCACCUAGACCAAACUGUUCACGUUUCUAUAAUGAGCUGAUGUAUAUAAAUAUGUCUGUCCUCCACAGGCACACUGUGUAUUUCAGCAAAUUCAUAACGUGUUUUAAUCCUUUGUUUGUCUCUAUUAAUAAAGUCAGUGUUCUGA